AGGUGAAGGGUGACAGCCCGUGUCGCCGCCAUGUCCCGCCGCAGCCAGCGCCUCGUCACCUCCCGCUACUACCCCGGGGACGACGAUGCCACGACCGGCGGCAGCGGCUCCCUGCUGGGGGGGCAGCAGCUCCCCUUCAAGGAGAGCACCAGCAGGACGAUCAGGAGGAAAUCGAGCAGCACGAAGCGCCUGUCUCCCGCCCCCAGCACCCAAACCUCCUACUACAGCGAGUCCAUGAUGAGCGAGUCCUACCUGGGGGGCAGCCGUGGCCUCGCCGCCCUGGGCAGCUCCGUACUGGACGAUGCCCUGGACAGCAGCACGUACUGGGGUGGGGAGCUCUCCACCAGGAGGAGAAGAGGCACAGGGGACACCGAGUCCAGUAAGAUCAAUGGGCUGCUGGAGAGCAAGACGUACGACACCUAUGCCUCGUCGUCUGGGUACUCUUCGGAAGACGACUAUGCUGGUCACUUUUACUCUGGCCAGAGCAGCUCUGGGUCGGGGCUGAGGACCGCAGCCUCCCGGGUGGGCUCCUUCCUCUGGCAGGUCCUCACCUCCCCGGUUCGGUUCGUGGGAUGGCUGUUCUCCGGGCUGGCAGCUGCCUGGCGCCGCCUCACCGGUGCGGGUCCCCGCUCGGGCGGCAUCCCCCUCUCCAGGCGCUACCCGUGGCUGAAGAGGUCCCUCCUGCUGCUGCUGCUCCUCCUGCUCCUCGCUGCUGCUGCCUAUGGAGCUUGGUACUUCUACCCGUACGGGCUGUCGACACUCAACCUCCCGUCAUUCCCGUGGUGGGGAGCCGGAAAACUUUCCUCCUCCGAUGUGCCUGGGGCAGGGGACCUGACCGCGCUGGACCAGGGGCUGCGGGGGGAGCACCGGCUCCUGGCUCGCUUCCAGGCCUUGGAGAAACGCUUCGAGGCGCUGGAGGCCGAGGUAUCGCGGUGGGAGCUGCGGCGAGGGGCGGCAGCGGUGACGGCGGAGGGAGAGCCGCCCCCGGGGGACCUCCUGGCGCUGCUGGAGGGGCUGGUGAGCCGUCGGGAUGCGGGGCUGAAGGAGCAUCUCCGCACCGAUGUGACCAGCCAUCUCCAGGGCGAGCUGGAUGCCUUCCGAGCCCAGGUGCAGAGGGAUUUAGAUGGGCGCCUGGGGAAGAUGGCACAAGCCUCUCAGGAGAUGGAGGCACGCUUGCUGGAGCUGAACUUGGAGUGGCAGAGCUCUGUGCAGGAGGGCCUGCGAGGGAGCUUCCAGCAAGAGGUGGCCAAGCUGGAGCAGGAGGUGGCAGCGCUGAGGAGGGAGCUGGCGGGUCUCAAGUCGGACCAGGAGGUGAUGGGGAAGCACGUGGAGGGGAUGCUGGAGCAGCUGAAGGCUGUGCGGGCUGAUGUGGAAGCGCAGUUCCCGGCGUGGGUCAGUCGGUUCCUGUCACAGUCCCGGCAGGACGGUGCCGCUGGCCUCAUCCUCCAGCGGGAAGAUUUGCAAGCGGAGCUCCAAGCCCUGGAGCGCAAGAUCCUGGCCAAAGUCUUGGAGGACUGGAGGCUGUCGGCACGGGAUGCUCAAGCCGGUAUCGGAGUGGCCCUGCGGCAAGGGGGGACCGUAGGGGUGACGGAGGAGCAAGUGCAUCUCAUCGUGGGCCAGGCCCUGAAGCGCUACAGCGAGGACCGUGUGGGGAUGGUUGACUACGCUCUGGAGUCGGCGGGGGCCAGCGUCAUCAACACCCGCUGCUCGGAGACCUAUGAGACACGGACGGCGCUGCUGAGCUUGUUCGGCAUCCCCCUGUGGUACCACUCGCAGUCCCCCCGUGUCAUCCUGCAGCCAGAUGUCAACCCCGGGAACUGCUGGGCGUUUCGUGGGUCCCAGGGCUUUGCCAUCAUCCGCCUCUCCAGCAUUAUCCGCCCCACGGCCGUGACGCUGGAGCACAUCCCAAAAGCCCUCUCGCCCCAGGGGACCAUCCCCAGUGCCCCCAAGGACUUCGCUGUCUAUGGCUUGAAGGAGGAGAGAGAGGAGGAGGGCUUUCUCCUUGGGCAGUUCACCUACAACCAUGACGGUGACCCCAUCCAAACGUUUUACUUGGAGGGUGAUGCUGUGGGCACGUACCAGCUGGUGGAGCUCCGGGUGCUGAGCAAUUGGGGCCACCCCGAAUAUACCUGCAUCUACCGCUUCCGCGUGCAUGGGGAGCCGGCGCACUGAACCCCGGCUUCCGCAUGGGACGAGGAUGCUGCCGGGCCGACAGCAAGAAGGGAUUCGUCUGGUUCGCUGCUUCAUACGUAGAAAUCCUGGGAUGCGCCAGCAGCCGCCCCAGGGAGCUGCUCCCCUCAGGGGAGGAGAAGAGCUGGUGUUUAAGGGGUGAGGCUUUCACUCGUCCAAGGACCGGGGUGGUGAGGCAAGAGCAUCCCACGUGGGUCCUAGCGCGGCCUGGCUUGUUUUCAGCGCGUAUCGGACAUUUUAACUUUUUAAGCUAAUUUUUUAUCGGGUCUGCGCAGCCCCUCGUCCCCGUUGCCCAGCUUCUUUCUGACGGCGCGCCUAGCGUUGCCGGGGCUUGGGAAAGGGGUAUGUAAUUUUGCGAUGUGCUUCACGCGGGCUUUUGGGCGUGAUAUGGCGUAUGGGACCGCGGUGACUGGCUUGGUGCUGCCAGAGUAGGUAGGAGCCACCGGUCAUGGCCACCGAGUCUCUCCCCUCUGUGCAGGGUCAUCUCUCCUGCCUUGGUGUUGGUUUAGGUGAAGCUUUCCACACCUCUGAUGCUGGGCCAGCAGAGGGGAAAUAAGACAGUAUUAACGGAGUAUUAAUAUAAAACUAACGGUUUUGGGCAGCAGGAGGGGAGAAAUUUGGCACACGGUGGUGGAGCCCACCCCGGUGCUGCUGUCCGUCCGCUCGAGCCCUCUUGUUGCUGGCGGCUGUGUCGGGUCUUGGCGAUGCCAUUGGCCUCCCCGGCUGGCCGGUUCCCUGGUGUUAAGCUUGAAAAUGCUAUUGAAAAUUCCUGUUGCCUGCUUCCCCUUUUGGGUUUGUUCUGGUUUGGUUUUUUGUUU